AUGAACUUAGUCCCACUCCCGGCGUGUUCCGCCUUGGCCGGGGGUGUGACAGUAAUCGAUCGUCUCCACCCUGGUUUCAAUUUCGGGGUUAGGUAUGCUAUCCGAACCUUCCAUCUUCCAUUAAAGACAAGGUAUAAAGUUUCCAUUACUGUUCUUCCUUCUCAUGCACUAACUCUCAUAUGCUGCUGGAAAAUUAACCGAUUAGAGUUGAAGCAGCUGGAUAAGAGAUAUGGUGAAACAGAGGUUAAAGAAGCCGAUGAUGGAGGUUUUGAUGAAAAACCAUCAACACCACACAUGUUCUGCAGAAGUGUAACUGCUUCUGAUAUCAACCACAUGGUUGACUCUCUGUUCUACCACCUAUUCCUCCCGUUCUUAAAGUCUCCAUCCUCAAAGGACUGCUCUCUUCACUCACCGCCUUUGUCAUCACCGGAUAUCCAAUGUCUCUUCAUUUAUUCUUGGAAACCAGAUAGUUUUUAG